AUGAAAGCAUCAUUUAUGGGUGACUGGCAAGCUGCCAAGGCCAUCAUUGAUGAACGACAGGAGCUGGUACAGUUUUCUAUCACUGCCAAUCAGGAGACAUUGCUCCAUCUUGCUGCUUCAGCAGAAAACACCAAGCAGACACAAGAUUUUCUGCAAAAUCUUGUAAAUAUGCUGGAAAUGAAUGACUUGAAACUUGAGGAUCGCAAUUCCCGGAACGCCUUUCAGAUUGCAGUUGCAAAUGGAAGUCUGGAAAUGGUUGAUAUAAUGCUACGAAAGAACCAAGCCGUGCUAAGUAUCCCCAAUAUGAAGAACGGUUUUCCAUUAAGCAUAAGUGCUUUCUUUGGACAUCAUGACUUGACAAGGCAUCUAUAUCAACUUUCCGAGGGGACGAUUAGGGGUAGCAAAUCGUACUAUCGUUUUGUGUUUCUGUCUGACACGACACCGUUGGGGUUGGAAAACUCUUCUAUUAAACACUAA